UUCCAUUGUAAGGAAACAAAACCAAUGCAAGUCAACGGACACCACUGUUCUUCGGUUACCGACAUUCUUUAAAAUAUCUUCUUUUGUCCGAAGAAAGUCAUACAGGUUUGAAAUGACAAGAGGGUGUGUAAAUGAUGACAGAAUUUAGAUUUUUGGGCGAACUAUCACUUUAACCAACUAUCCCAUUGAUGUAAAUUAGCACUUUGUCAUUUUAUUGGCCAUUUAUUGGAUCAAGUCUUACUAUUAACGCUGACAAUAGACUCUACUACAAUCAAACAUGUUAGUUUAAAAGGUGUUUAUUUGUAUCUGUUUGUGUGUUUGUAGCACUUAUCACCUCUCUAGUUCUGUGUCCCGUCUCUGGCCUGCUGUUAUCAUCUUCUCUCGAUAGUACUUUAAGAUGCUGGAGGCUAGACAUUGGAGACCAGGUCCAGGUUGUGUCUGUUCCUAAUGGGUACAUGCCUCCCCUGGCCAUGGGGGGUCCUGACAGUUCUGGUACCUUCUUUUCAUACUCCUCGAACAGUGUGGAUCUCUGGACCUUAAACUGUCUUUAUAAUCUGCACUGCAGAAUGGACGGAGCCCUGGGAGGACCUAUCCGUCAAAUCUCGACCCCACCAUGCCCUCCUUCCCUCCCAGCAUGUGCACUUUGUAUUCAAGGAAACAGCAAUGUUACAAUUGUCGCAACCGAGACAGGCGAAGUGCUCACAAGAUUCCAAGCCAAGGGACGAAUAAGGUGUGCUGAUUACUGUGUGCCUAAGGAAAUAUUACUGGUCCUCACUGAGGACAGGGUCGUCACUAUUUUAAGUACCAUGACCAAUCCAGUAACUCCCCUUGAUGAGUGGCACAAGAUAGAGCAAUGGGAUUGGCCAGGUGGGCAAGUGAAGGCAAAUAUAGGCAAGGUAUGCUGCAUGGUAUUAUACAGUAAGAUUAUAGAUACACAAAGUGCACUGGAAGAAUGGAAAUCCCUGCAAAUGCAGAAAGCACACAAGCCAAAGAAGAUCAAACUUAAUGCAAAAAACAGAUUUCUGGUUAUACUGGGACAUUGUGGUGGUUGUGUAUCUGUGCUCAAUAUGCAUUCGGGCAAAGUCUUGUACAGAAUCCCUGCUCACAACAACCAAGAUAUCACGAGCAUACAGGCAUAUCCUGACAGUGGCUACCUACUGACUACAGGUGAAGAUAAAGCUCUACUGGUUUGGAAUGUGUCUCCAUCUCUACAGUAUUUAAGUCUCUAUUUUAGUGUGUGCUGUGAUCUGCCUCCUGUUCGGUCGGCACUGAUGGGAACCCAGCUCAUCCUCGCUUUACAAAAUCCAGAGAAUGACAUCUGUAGCCUGGUGCAAUACAGCCUGGAGAGCCAGAGGCGAUCUGACCACCAACCCAAUGAUGACCAUCAUCACAAAAUUACAGGUCUUUGUGCAUGUCAUCAGCUAAAUGUGUUUGCGUCAAGCAGUCAGGAUGGGACUGUACAGAUCUGGGAUAAAGAAAAUCGCCUUCUCAGAAUUCUUCAGCUGAAUGCAGAGCCUGAGUGUUUGGCAUACUGUGAAGAGAGUGGAGAUCUGCUGUUAGGGAUAACUGGAGAUCUCUAUAGAAUCUCCUACACGCAGCUACAUUCUAAGAGAAAUGACAAAUGGGAUUCAGACUCUGACCUACCCACGUCCUGGAUACCAACCAAGAGCUAUAAAUGCAGGAAAGAGAAUUGUGUUGCUAAAAAGGACAGUCCUGAAAGGCUAAAAGACACAUGCAUGCUGGACUUUGGAGCACUGAUGGCAAGACAUAAAGAUCUGGAAUCCUUGCGAAAAGGAGAGGUUGAAUGCAAGAAGAGAAAACCAGCCACCAUACAAACCAAACAAGAGGCGUUCAAUAACUACAUGCGUCUAAUGUACAUGAAACCCCCUGAUAUAAAAAUUCCAGAAGAAGAUAUGUUUGAUGUGAAUGCUGAACUCUUUCCACCUAAACUUCCUGAGCUCUGUCCCCUGACUCCUCCAUCAUUCCCAGAGGGCUUCUUCCCCAACCACAGAAUGGCCAAGAGACUGCAUUCCUCUAAUAAACAGACCACACAGGCUCCACUCGGUUUCAUCCCUAACUCUGUGCUGGUAGGACAACUAUGGCCUGAUAUCAAGGUGGAGAAAGUCAUUCCACACACAAACAGGUGGAGACUUCGUCUUGACCUGGGAUGUGAUGGAGAAGAGAGCAAACCAGAUGAAGUGCAAAUCUUGUAUAAUGAAGAGGAGGAGAAGGAAGAGGAAGAGCCUGACAUGCCUUAUCUUACACCCAUCACUGAAACUCCACCUGAGAAGGAGAACCUUCAUCCACCCCCACCAGUGGUAAAGAAAGUCAUAUACCCUGUUAAGCCACCAAAACCCCUUCCUCCAAUAAAGCAUCCUACACCCCCUCCUACCCUUCCCUCACCCACUCCUGUUUCACCUUCACCUUCACCCACCCCUAUCCCAUCCUCACCUGUCUCACCCUCUCUACCCAAACAGCCCACUACCUUACCCCCUCCACCUGCCUCCUCACAUCUACCCGCGUUCCUACUGCAGUUUGUGGAUGAGCAGUGGUUUCAGAAGAUGUUUCCUGAUCUGAGUUGCAUUUCAAGUUCACUAAACCCCAAGGAUUUCUGCUUGCAUUUGCUGGACUUCAUAAUCCGUUCCAGCAUGUCUCAGAAGCAAAGCAUUCUCAAUGCACUACUUCAACUAAUACAACAGGAAGUGUUAAGCAAAGAAUCACUUAGCAGAGCAUUGCUGGUUUGCCUGCAAAACUGCAUUCACACAAACAUGUCAAGGGAGGAACAGCAUUUUGUUGGUGAACUGCUGAAUUUGAUGGUGCAUGUGCGUCCUGGCAGCUUCGACACAAUUGUGGAGCUACUCGCCAUCUUAGCAGAUAAAAAAGUUGAUCUUCAGGGUUUAAUUCUGUGUGUGCUGCAGAGGUUGGGUGUAGAGGAUGCUGAGAUGUGGUUAUGUCCAGAACUAGAGCACUGGAACACUCUGACAAAAGAUGAGCCUAAGCAGCACCAGAGUCUUCGAGACAUGGCCGCCCACUGGCUGUCUACAUGGACCAGAAAGUACAAGGUGCACAGUGGGUCAGUGUUCCUGCACAGUAAAGGAAUAAAGAGUGUGAUCACUCCCAUAGAGGUGCUUCAAUAUUUCUGUUCUGUACAAAAGAACAAACAGGCUCGAGCCCCACCCCCUCCACCUGAGGGCAGGAAAGACACUGUAUUGGUGGCUUCUAGCUUACCUAGACUGAAGCGUAUACAGCGCCUGGGAGAGACAUACAGCAUGUCUAGGAUACGUGAGCCUCAAGGACAUCUGCUGCCACCAUUGCAAUAUCGACCACAGCUGAUGGGUUUCACACGGUUCCUCUCUCUACCAACAGCUUAUGUCACACUUUCUCCAUUCCCCUUUUCCCUGGACUUUCGGUACUCAAAAAAGCUCUUACCACACAAAUACUUCUUCCUGGAUCGCUCUUACGUACAGUAUUACAGAUAGAAUCAAGUUAAGAUAGAAUCUUAAAAUACAUAGAUAGCAGGAUACGAAUAACAUGAAAUAAUUAUCACCUGAUUCAGAAGACACUUCCGCCUGUCAUGCUGCUGCAUACAUGGUUGUUGUUUUCUGCAAAACAUUUAAAAAAAAGAUGCUAAGUGUGAAGUGUGAGAAUUUAUGUUUUAACAGAUGAAUA